AUGUCAUGUGAUGUUUGGCAGCAGAUCCUGGCUUUAGACUCUCGCUAUAGCGCUGUCAGACCAGUGACAAAAUCAAAUACUGAAUUAAGACAACUCUAUCUUCGAAGAAGAAACCAAUUAACAAGAGAAAAAGUUACACUCAGUGUAAACGAGGCAUUCAAGCAACCUGAUUCAUUUUGUAGUUCUCAAUAUCCGGCUGAAACCUCUGUCACGUCUUUUGUUGCCUACAGGAACAUUCGUGAGCAACUAUUACUCUCUCUUUACGGUUCAGUAAAAACUCGCAAGUCUGUCUCACCUCAGUCAAGCAUAAAUAAGACUAGGAGCUACGACGAAAGCACAAAACAACCUUCCUUGUUGAACUAUUCCAUCGCUAAGUCUUCAUGUGACAUAUCUUCGGAUUAUAUGACACCUGGAAGAACAGAAACUUUAGGAGAAAGUUAUGCGUUUUCUGGUAUUGAGCAUAUUUUUGACCACCACUCUGGCGCCGUAAAUCGUCUGAGCUUUGCAAAUCAUGAUUCGAGUCGUUUAGCUCUAGCUUCGUCCGACGGUACUAUAUCCAUUUGCUGUAUCUCUCCAGCUAAUGGAAACUUUUCUAUUGCAUGUGUCCUACCAGAAUAUCGUGUAAAACAGACAGAAAUUACAGAUUUGGCCUGGUCUAUGACAAACGAAUUUUUAGCAAGUACGUCUUUAGAUGGAAAUAUAUGUUUAUGGGAUGUUGGAGAAGCUAAGCUGGCUCGAGAGUAUUCAAACACGGAACUUAAACUCGGUCCACUGUUGACAUGUGCCUUCCAACCUGCAAACAAUAAUAUUUUUGCCGUUGGUAGUGUCACUGGAAUUAUUCAGAUGGUGAAUCUCUCUACUGGUAAAGCUUGUGUUGGAGGCAUGGAUCGUAUCCACACAGCGACUCGAGGUAGAAAAACUCGUCCAAGUUUGUCGGUGACUGAAUUACAAAGUCUUCUGGGUAAAGGAUGCAUUACAACUUUGGCUUUUGAAAAUGCAACGGGCAAUUACUUGUGGGUAGGAACUGAUCGAGGCAUAAUUCAGUCCUAUUUGUGUGAAUCAUCAACAGGUUGUAUCAUGAGAUCACAACGUUUCGACAUAUCAUCGUUGAGUAUGUCUGUUGUUUCAACGUACCCUGAGAAUGGGAUAAAACUUAAUGAUUUAUUGCACGAAGGGACAACGAACACUCGGAAAAUCUAUUUCCUAUCUAAAACAGACCUAAGUUUUAGAAAGUGGAAUAGUCCAAAGAAUCGAACACGUAUGCAUGAUGAUGAUUUAGUUAAGUCGCAUAGCGGAAGUACAUCACUAAUGCCCAGCAUAACUAGUCUUUCGAUAUACUCUUGGUUGUCCAAAGAAAAAAGUGAAACUUAUCUGUUAGUCAAUGCAGCUGGUAUCGGGCUAUUGUUGCUUCGAUUAACAUUACAUGAUAGAAACUUGAUUUUAGAACAAAGAUUCCCCUCCUACCAUCGUCCUCUCACUUCUGUCCCAACAAAACUUCGUCUUAUCCAUUCGUGUUUCGCACCACUCAUAUCAUUCCGUUCUGGAGCUUGCGCUGUAAGUGGGAGUGAAGAUUGUAAUGUGUACUUAUACAAUGUGUUAGGAAGUCGUACUACAGACCCUGUAAUAAAAAAUAGUUCCUCUCACAGCAAACAAACAUCUGCAGGUGUUGUCACUAUUUUACAGGGACAUACAGCUCCGGUAUUAGAUGUUGCAAUCAGUUGGGAAGAGAAUAUGUUAGCAUCAGCAGACGAAAAGGGUUCAGUCAUCAUAUGGAGAAGACAAGGGAAGUCUGCCGGGAUACCUGAAUGA